AUGUUCAACCUCUCGAACCUGGUGCAGAAGGCUCAGUCGGCUGCACAGCAGCUGAUUGAUCCCAUGUCAGGUCUGAAUCUGACCAACUCGGACAGGAAUCCUGCCAAAUCUACUCUGUUCCAGCACCAAUUCCGACUUCCGAGCACCCAGACCCCCUUGUACGAGAUUGCCGCCGAGUUGACUAUCCCGCCCUCCAAUCCCACAAACGCGACACAGGGCGACCGAGAGCGCGAGCGAGGAUGGCACUACGCUGGAAAGCUGCACCUUUCCGAGGCUUACAUGUGCUUCUCCACCACGCCCACAAGCUUUGUCAACUCUGCUACCACCUCCUCCUCGUCAGGCUUCACGGGACAGACUCACGGCAGUGGCCCUGGCGGUAACGGCUUCACCUUCCCUCUCUGCGCCAUCAGAAGAGUUGAGCGGUUGAAUAGCCAGAGCUUUCAGUUCGCCCUUGCCAUCACGACAUGGAACGGCAUCACACAAGAGGCUGCCAAAGACAAAGAUAAGAGCCAACUCAGAGAACAACGCAUAACCAUACAGCUUGCUGGCAGUCGUCCAGCUUGCGAGAGAUUUUGCGACGGGCUCAAGAAAGGGCUGAGAAAUGCCGUAGGCCACGUGAGCAAGCUGAAAAAGGUCGUGUCCGAGUGCUAUUCCGAGUACCUUCUCCGCCCCGAAACCGAGAAGGAUGCGCAUCCUCCCGAUGCUGGCCUGGGUAUGGUGUUCCGAUACCCCGGCGAUCCGAAGAAGCUCAGAGACCGAGCCAAGAUGAGAUUAUGGGCCGAGUAUCUUCGGGACAACGGCCGGAAUGCCACCAUAAUCCGCCAGCCUACCUUCCACAAACUUAUCCGCGUUGGCCUGCCGAACCGUCUCAGGGGGGAAAUGUGGGAGUUGACAUCAGGCUCUCUCUAUCUCAGACUCGAGAAUCCCACACUUUAUGCGGACACUCUGGCAAAACACUCGGGCAAGGAAUCCCUCGCUAUUGACGAGAUCGAGAAAGACCUGAAUCGCAGUCUGCCAGAAUAUCCUGGUUUCCAGUCAGAAGACGGUAUUGGCAGACUGCGCCGCGUCCUCACUGCCUACAGUUGGGUCGACACCGACGUCGGCUAUUGUCAGGCCAUGAAUAUCGUGGUGGCAGCACUACUUAUCUAUAUGUCGGAAUCUCAAGCUUUCUUUCUACUGAGUGCUCUAUGCGAUAGGCUUGUCCCUGGUUAUUACUCGACUACCAUGUACGGUACCCUGUUGGAUCAAAAGGUUUUCGAAUCGUUAGUCGAAAAGACCAUGCCCAUCUUGUGGGAGCAUCUCGUCAAAAACGACAUUCAACUCUCAGUUGUCUCUCUUCCGUGGUUCCUUUCGCUGUACAUCAACUCAAUGCCUCUAGUAUUUGCUUUCCGAGUUCUCGAUGUUUUCUUCGUUGAGGGCCCAAAGGUACUGUUUCAGGUCGGGUUGGCAAUACUACGGAUCAAUGGCGAGGAGUUGUUGGAUGCAACAGACGACGGCGCAUUUAUAUCCGUCUUGAAGGGCUACUUCUCUCGCCUGGAUGAAUCAGCGCAUCCAAAGUCGGAGAACCCAAAGUUACGCGCCAUCAAUCGCUUCCAGGAACUCAUGGUUGUGGCUUUCAAAGAAUUCUCUGGAAUCACACAUAGCAGCAUCCAGGAUUUGCGAUUGAAGAACAAGGACGCCGUUCUCAAUAAUAUUGAAAACUUCGCCAAGCGAACAGCUAUUCGCAAUCUUGGCCCCGACAGCAAGCUCCUCAGCCCGGAUGAGCUUGGCGCUGUCUAUGACAGAUUCUAUGGUAUACUCUACGAAAGGCAGCAACGCGAUUGCAUCAUUCAGGAAGAGCAAUUGCGGCGAGAGAAGGCAAGCAAAACUCGGGCGGCUGCUGCAUUCUCGGACCAUCAAGAUCACGGCGUGGACAAAGGCCGUGUUGGACUUGGCCCAAGCACCAGCUUGAUGGAUUACGAUGCAUUCAGAGAAUUUCUUGCAGCCAUGUCGAAGUGGGCCAUUUCGGAUGCUCCAAAAACGCCCACGCGGGACCAGUUUCACGAGAAAGACCCGAGUCUGUACUUUGGGUCAUUCAGAAAGUCGAGCAGUAAUCUACUGUCUCCCUGGGGAGCAGGACCGGAGCCAGCUGACCAUGAGUUUAUGCAGAGACUUUUCAGACGCUGGGAUAUCGAUUCAAGCUCAACACUAACACUUCAAAACGUCGUCACUGGGUUGGCUCAAAUCAAAGGGAAGCGAGACAUCAUGGGAACCAUCACAUACUUCUUCGAGCUCUACGAUGAUGAUGGAGAUGACAAAGUAGACCGCGAAGGAAUUCUUCGUAUCUCUGAGGCUUUACUAUUCCUGUCUCGUCGUGGGCUGGAAGGCACGCUUAGUGGAUCUAGCUCGAAUCCCGCCUUGAACACUUUGGCUGAGGCUAAUGGCCCAGGAAGUCCGCCGAUCGGAGGUAGUGUGAACGAGCGGUUUCUCGGCAGCGUUAGUGCUUUCAUUAGACGGUGUUUUGAGUAUGCAGACCCAGAUCAUCCAAUCAACCAAGACCCCUUGGACAAGGAGGAUGAAAAGAGUGGCGGGUCGGCACGUAACGAUGCCCAGCCAGCCGACAACAGCGCAUUUGCAAUCGGCGAUGAUGAGGAUGAAAAUGAGGAUGAGGAUGAUCUUCUGGCCUUCGACAAAGCUGACGAUAGCCCUCGAUCAGCGCAGAAGAGACCAAAUCUUCCCGCACAACCUGCAGCCAUUGGAAAGCCUUCAGGAGACGGCGAACUCAAGAGGACUGUCUCAAAGGCACAAUCGGAGAAAGCAAACGCAGCGCUCGAUCCUUCCAACCCGUUAUAUAUGACGCUGCCUACGUUUCGCAUGGUAGUGCUUGCAGACGAACUACUUGAACUAUUUUUCGAAUCGUCCUUCCCGACAUCGAUUCAUAUUAUUGACGGCCUGCCAACCCCUGCCACACCGUCUUCAUCGCUGACUACGUUCUCGAGCUUCAGCCGCGCAACCGCUCCGGUUAUUCCGGUUCCUCAUCCUGGACCUGGCGGGCCCACGCGGAGCUUACGAGGCGUGCUGGAUAAUAUUGUUACAGACGCUUCUCGGGUGGCAGCUGAAGUGCGGCGCCGCAUGGAGGAAGCCCAGCGCGAACUAGAAAAGAACGCUCUCCCCGGGCAAAAGGACGACGAGGACGAAGAUGAUGAUGACAUCCCUGGGCUCAGGUCUGCCGUUGCAGACCCCGAACGCCGGAGUGUGCGGUCAACCGACCGAGAUCUACUGGAUGGAGCCGAUGCCGAAGCUGGAGCAACUAAGGGCCAAGAAGACUCAAGUCAAACUUUACUCGAUACUCAGGGCGCACCAAUCAAAGAUUCGAGCACUUCAAAGCCUGGAAUUGUGGAAUUUGAGAGUUAG